AUGUUUUCCGAUAUAUUUUCUGAUGACAAAACCACUGAGCCCCGCUGGUUCAAAAAUAUCCGGAUUAUUGUUGCAAUUGGACUGUCAGUUGCAAUUCUAUGUUUCAUAUCUAACCAGUUUAAAGAUUCAUUAACAUAUUUUAAAAAUGAACAGUAUGGUAUAAUAACAACCGAUGAAGACAUAUCUUUUAAUGCGUCCAUGCCAGGCAUGAACUAUGUCUACCUUUGUUCUUCUAAUGUAGCAAAUUAUAGCAUCAAUUACUUUACUGGUUCACCUUUUUAUACUAACAUUUCUGAAUAUUAUAGCCGUGGUUAUAGUAAUAAAACUCAAUCAGAUAAGGAAGGAUGCAUGCUGUUUCAAUCUGGUUAUUUAAAUUUGUUUCCUACAUUGGUUGCGUUAUUUGACAUUACCUUAUCACCCUUAUCAUCUACAACGAAUUCUUCAUUUGAUUUAAUAAGCUAUUUAAACAAUUCUUUUGCACCUGAUAAUGUGCUUCAAAUCUCACUUGGAAAUAUAAGUGUUAGCCAUAACUCCACCAUUAGUGAUUAUCUAUUUGCUUACAAUUUCACCUUUGAAUCCGAAGAUUGUGCUUUAAUCAACUUUUCUCCCACGAUUAACAAUAUUUACAGAUAUAAAUAUUCAUCUAUUCCUUUCAUAGGAAAUAUACUAAAUUUUUUAAUGGGUUUCGGUGGUUAUUCGUCUAAUUUACCAAAUUAUGAUUUAAAUCCGAGUUUUCAAAUCUUUCCAAAACUACGUGAUGAGAGGCGGGUCCAGUUUGCUAUGAAAAUACCCACAACUAUUCGACAUGAGACUCAAAUUUCAAAAUUUUCAUGUAGUCUUCAAACUAGGUUGGCAAAACGAUAUGUCUCGUCCUCAGGAAUUCCUCUGUCUCAAAGAGUAUCAAACAGGCGUAACAAUGCCACGCUAGAAGAUCGUGUACAAAUGCUGGAAACGUUAUUGAGUGAAUGCUAUCUUGACAAUUAUCAAUGGGAGACUCUGAGGCUAGGAGAGCAAAGCAGCACUGAUAGACUGCAAGAAUCUUUUUUGAUAGUUGAGCUCCAUGAUGAUAAUAGUGGAGGGCCUUUCGUGAUUAGGCCCCGAGGCUAUGAGUGCAGGGUCUGGAAUAGACGGGCGGCAGGCUGGUCCAUUCUGGACCCUAUACAAGAGCAAUACGAAACCUCAUUCUUAAAUUAG